GAUUCCGGAGAAGAAAUAGGGGAGGAGAGAGGAGAGAGGAGAGAGGAGAGAGAGCGGGCAAUGCUGGAAUUGAUUGGCGGGGAAUCCAAGUCGGAGAGACUAUAUGGGGGGAACUGGAACACUCGUGGACGGAGUUCGUCGCUGGCUUCAACGUCGCAACAUUAUCUCUACCACUAAUCCCAACAACGACAACCAUCACAAUACCAAAGGUUCCGUCGUCGUCGUCGUCGAUCAUGGCAACAAGAGCAGCGGUGGCCGUGCGCCCGUGAGUGAUAGAGAGGAGGUGGUUGAAGAUUUCGACAUUUCUCCUUUGAAGAUCAUCAAAGUUCCUAAACGAAAUUACUUCCCUGUUACUAUCAUGGAUCCUCACAAGAAGAAUGCAUUAGAAACAGAAUUUUUCACCGAAUAUGGAGAGGCAAGCCGAUAUCAAGUCCAGGAAGUUGUUGGAAAAGGAAGUUAUGGUGUUGUAGGUUCUGCUAUUGAUACCCACACUGGUGAAAGGGUUGCCAUAAAGAAGAUUAAUGAUGUUUUUGAGCAUGUAUCUGAUGCAACAAGGAUUUUGAGAGAAAUUAAGCUCCUUCGUUUGCUUCGACAUCCAGAUAUUGUAGAAAUAAAGCAUAUUAUGCUUCCUCCUUCGCGACGAGAAUUCAGAGAUAUUUAUGUGGUCUUUGAGUUGAUGGAGUCUGACCUUCACCAAGUAAUUAAGGCAAAUGAUGAUCUUACUCCUGAGCAUUAUCAAUUUUUCUUAUACCAGCUUCUUCGUGGUUUGAAAUAUAUACAUACUGCAAAUGUAUUUCAUCGAGAUUUGAAACCAAAAAAUAUUCUUGCUAAUGCUGACUGUAAAUUGAAGAUAUGUGAUUUUGGACUUGCACGAGUAUCUUUCAAUGAUGCACCUUCAGCUAUAUUUUGGACUGACUAUGUAGCAACUCGUUGGUAUCGUGCUCCUGAACUCUGUGGAUCAUUUUUCUCCAAAUAUACCCCCGCCAUUGACAUUUGGAGCAUAGGAUGCAUAUUUGCUGAAAUGCUUACUGGAAAACCUCUAUUUCCUGGUAAAAAUGUGGUGCAUCAGUUGGAUCUCAUGACUGAUUUACUCGGCACUCCUCCUACAGAAUCAAUUUCUAGGAUUCGAAAUGAAAAGGCAAGGAGGUACCUUAAUAGCAUGCGGAAAAAGCAACCAGUCCCUUUCUCACAAAAAUUUCCUGAUGCAGAUCCGUUGGCUCUUCACUUGCUUGAACGCCUUCUUGCAUUUGAUCCUAAAGAUCGUCCGACAGCUGAAGAGGCACUAGCUGAUCCAUAUUUCCAGGGUUUGGCAAAUGUGGAUCGUGAACCUUCCACUCAACCAAUUUCAAAAUUAGAAUUUGAGUUUGAAAGGAGGAAAUUGACAAAAGAUGAUGUUAGAGAGUUGAUAUAUCGUGAGAUAUUAGAGUAUCAUCCCCAGAUGCUACAAGAGUAUCUCCGUGGUGGGGACCAGACCAGCUUCAUGUACCCAAGUGGUGUUGAUCGGUUUAAGCGACAAUUUGCACAUUUGGAGGAGCAUUAUGGUAAAGGGGAAAGAAGCACUCCACUACAAAGGCAGCAUGCUUCUUUGCCCAGACAGCGUGUCCCUGCACCCAAGGAUGAGGCUGCUGAUGAAAACAAUGAUUUUGAAAAGCGAAGUAUAGCUGCUGUAGCUACUUCUCUUAAUAGUCCCCCAGAGUCUAGGCUGGCAGAUGAUUCAGGAAACCAAGCUGCAGAGGGACAAAAUGGACCUAGCAAACCAAACUACAGUGCUCGUAGCCUGUUGAAGAGUGCCAGCAUUAGUGCUUCAAAGUGUAUUGGUGUUCAAAAAAGAAGAGAUUCCGAGUCUGAGGAAGCCAUUGCCGAGGGGAAUGAUGAGACAGUUGAUGGGGUAAGUCAAAAGGUUGCUGCCCUAAACUUAUGAUCUGUUUUUGAAGGAAUCAUGGCUUGGUGCAUUACUCAUUUUCCCCUGAUUAUGUGGAAAGAAGGUAUGCUUCUUCACUACCUGAACAAAUGAUCUUUUCUCGUAUUAUGGAGAUAGAAACUAAUGAUAGGUCUCCUAUGUAACAAUACGAGUUUUUCUGUUACCAUGUUUAAGAGAGGCUAUCCUUUUCCUCCUCAUGUAAGUUCCUUCUACACCUGAAGGAAAGCUAUGAUGUGUUUUGCCCUCUUUUGUAGUGUAAUACGAUAGGUACGAUUUUUGAUAUUUUAACGUUAAAGGUGAUAUGAUGUUCUUUGUUGUUUCAAUUUUUUUAUGAUAAGAAUUGCAUAGUUUUAUUAAGAGGAAUAAAAAUUAUGGCUCUCA